UGGUGGAUUUCAGGAUGUGUCUGGUGGAUUGAGAGAGCUUUGGUCCAGAGAGACCAAAAUCUGACGGACCAACCUGGAUGGAACAAAUCUGAUGGACCAUCGGUGGCAUCAAGGUUACUCUCCCACUCCUUCGAAAGGCACAAUCAGAUAUUAACAUGUAGACACAUAAAGACAGCCAAUCAGCCAAUUGCAUCUAUUUUGAACUGCUGCUCAUGUUGUGUCGCGGGCUAGAAAGCGCUAUCGACCAUCUUACGCAUACAUGAACUCUCAAACACCUACGAUUGGCUCGAGUCGCUGUGAUUGACAGAGGAGACAGAAUAUGUCCACCCUGAAAGCCCGGGUACUUCUAAACAUCCGAGACUGGGAGACACUACAGCAGUAGAACAGCACACUGCAAAGAAGACUUAUCGUGAUAAGCGAUGCUGCAAAGAAGAGAUAAGAAGAGAUUACUAAGUCUGUGCAGUCUGCUAAAACCAUUCCACUACAUGAGCUGAGAACGGCAUAUUGUUAACUAUCUGCAGUAUUUUACUGCUUCUAACCCAGUUGAAGGAGUUGAUAGAUCACCUUUACACUCCAAUCCAACAUCCACAACGUCAUCCAUUUCUACAUAAUACAUCACGUACAGUAUUAUCACAUAAGCCUGCUAACCCAGUCUAUACUGUUGGCCUGCAGAUCCUGUUAAGGGAUACAUUAACACUGCUUAUAGUCCCUAGGAUUUGCCACAACAACAUCUGGUCAAAUUGAUAUCUGAAUGAAUCAUUUAAAAUAUAAAUCUCCAAAAAGCCUGCUGUGAAUUGAAGUAGACAUAUCGUCCUACUGUAUUUCUUCCCCCUUCACAGCACAGAUAAACCUUUGAGCAACUGUUGACCUUUAAAGGAUAAUGAGCUAAAGUUUAUAAUCACGAGCAUGCGCCAUGACACAAGGACAGCGACCUUCACCUCCAAGUUCCCGGUUUGAUCAAAGAACGCAGAUUAUUGUGAUCGGAUCCUGGCUGAUAUAUAAAAAUAGUGUGGGCAGAGUUAUUUGUAGCACUGUAUGUAGCAAAACAGGUUCAAGACGAGGUAGAAAGACGAGCAUACAGUGCCCUGUUGAAGCAGACACGGAAAUCUAGCGCGGUUUUAAUUCAACAGAAACGCUUGUGAGAACUGGAACUCGUCCUGCCGAAAGAUGUCCCGACCGAGUCCAGAUCCCAGAAAGUGCGAGCUCGUACAAUUCCUCACUGAUUAAUAAUAAUAAUUAUUUCGUGAUGUCAAGAUAGCUUAUCUUUCAAGGCGAAUAUUUUAACCUCAUGUGCAGUUCGUUUAGAUCUUUUCUAUGCAGUACUUUGCAUAAGUAUUCACGCCCCCCAACUCGAUUUUAUAUUGUUAAAUCCAGAAACUGAAAUGGACUUAGUUUGGGUUAUACUGUAAGUCAUGAAUUUACACAGAAUAGGCUAUAAUAAUGGAGUGUGGCGGGAAAACUUUAGAGAACAAGUCCGAGGCCAUGCUCCCUUCAGCGGAGGUGAGAGUCCCUAUCUCUGGUGGAGGAGUUUAGGUAUUUUGGGAUCUUAUUCGUGAGUGAUGAAAAAAUAGAGUUAGAUUGAUAGAUAGCUCGGUGUUGAAGCUGCUGUACUGGUCCGUGGUGGUGAAACAAGAGCUCAGUUUGUAAACAAAGCUCUCAGUUUAUGCCCCUAUCUACAACUAUUGUUAUGAGCUGUGGGUAAUGAUCACAGGGUUGCUGGGUUUACUCUGUCUGUGAUACAGUAGGUUGAGUAGUUUGGUAAUCUGGGAAAGAAAUUGGACUAUAGCCACUGCUAUCUCUAAAUAGAGAGGAGACAGUUGAGGUGGUUCGGGCAUCUUGCAAGGAUGCUCCCCGGUCAGCUCCUGCUAGUAUCAGGCACUGGUAACAGGAGAGCCCGUUGGGAGGCCCUGGACCCCCUGGAGAUAAUUCAUCUCACAGUUCACCUGGGAACAUCUGGGGAUCCAUCAAGAGGAGCUGAAAUCUGUGGCCAGGGAUAGAGGGAUAGUGACCAGCCUCUGUGACCACCACUGGGAAAAGCAGAAGGAAAAAUGAAUGAACAAAUCAUGAUAAACCUGUGAAUUAAUUCUGGUUCAAUCCACCAGUAAGUCGCAUAAUUAGUCUAAUGGCGUCCACAUGUUCGCAUUGAAAGUGUCACAAGAUCACAAAGUGAAUGCACCUAAACAAACAUCGUCAUGAAGACAAAGGACCUAUCAGAAGAAAUCUGCGACAAAGUUCUGGGAAAUCAGUUAGGCUGUGGUUAUAAAAAAAAAAAAAAAGUAAAAGGAAAUCAUAUCGCAUAUUGCUGUAUAAAACUAGAAGAAAUCGAAGAUAACAAAAGGUUAAACUGGCAACGAAAACUUUUUUUUAUUUCCUGUACGUCUUUCACUCCAUCCUCUUAUCCACCCAUCUCUCAGAGUUCAUACCAGCCCCUUUCUUUCUUUUUUUUUUUAAGUUAAUGUUUAAUUUUUUUUAAAACUGUCUGAUAAGGUUUAUAUACGCUUAACUUGUCGAGUCUCUCAUUCCUCUCUGAUCACACACACGGUGUGUCUUCCAUCUAUAACUACAAAAAUGGAUUUUUUCAAGCUAAACUGCGCACCAUUUAAGAGAUGGCUGAAAGGAAUCGGUUCAUGGCUAUGGAGAUACCGUAACUACUUGAUCAUCUACAUCACUCCUUUCCUGAUCCUUCCACUGCCACUGAUGUAUCCUUCAUCGGAAGCUAAUUGUGGCUAUGUUAUCAUCCUGAUGGCACUGUACUGGUGUACAGAGUGUAUACCGCUGGCAGUCACUGCAUUGUUGCCAGUCAUACUUUUCCCAUUUCUGGGCAUCAUGAGAUCCGAAAAGGUGUGCGUGUUGUACCUGAAAGACUCAAACAUGCUGUUCGUUGGUGGUUUGGUGGUGGCCAUAGCGGUAGAACAAUGGAACUUACACAAGCGUAUCGCCCUGAGCGUCCUGCUGAUAGUUGGUGUUCGACCUGCUCUGUUGAUGUUAGGAUUCAUGACUGUAACAGCUUUCCUCUCAAUGUGGAUCAGUAACACUGCUACUACCGCCAUGAUGCUGCCCAUCGCCCAGGCCGUGCUGGAGCAGCUCAGUAAAACAGAGGCUGAGAGAGACGACAGAGAGCUGAAAGAAGGCAGAGACAACCAGGCUUUCGAGAUGGCUGAAGUCACCACCUCCAAAAUUCCCUAUGAGACCGAAAACCAAUACGAGAUCUCAGUUCCAGAGCACACCAUGGACCCGGUAGCAGAGCAGAAAAGGAAGGCUCGGGAACAGAAGUAUCUCUGGCUGAAUAAAGGGAUGAGCUUGAGCGUGUGCUACUCCGCCAGCAUCGGGGGAACAGCCACCCUUACAGGCACCACGCCAAACCUUAUCCUCAAAGGCCAGAUGGAUGGCCUCUACCCAGAUAACCCAAAUGUGAUCAACUUCGCCAGUUGGUUUGGCUUUGCGUUUCCCAACAUGGUGUUGAUGUUGCUUUUGGCCUGGCUGUGGCUGCAGUGUAUGUAUUUGGGUCUGAAUUUUAAGAGGACAUUUGGCUGUGGGUUGAACAACGCUGAUGACAAGGAGGCCAACAAUGUGAUGAAGCAGGAAUAUAAGAAACUGGGCAGAAUGAAAUUCGGUGAAGGUGCUGUGCUUGCAAUUUUUGUGGUGUUGGUGGUGAUGUGGUUCAGCAGAGAACCAGGAUUCAUGCCAGGCUGGGCUUCUUCCUUUAACCAAAGUGAAGAGUAUGUUACUGACGGCACGGUAGCCAUUCUUAUAUCCACUCUGUUUUUCCUCAUCCCAUCUCAAAUACCACUGAGAUUCUGUGGGAGUAAGCAAGAUGAGCAUGUAGGAACAGGAGAAGGAGAUAACACAGCGCAGCUGAGACAGAAGAAGUCCAAGGCUCCCUCGACUCUGCUCAACUGGGCGGCGGUGCACGAGCGGAUGCCCUGGAACAUUGUCCUGCUCCUGGGAGGUGGAUAUGCCUUGGCUAGUGGCAGUGAGGUGUCUGGGCUGUCAGAUUGGCUGGGAAAAAAUCUUGCCCCGCUUCAGAGCAUCCCGCCAUUUGCCAUCUCAAUAUUGCUGUGUCUGCUGGUGGGAACGUUCACAGAGUGCUCCAGCAACACGGCCACAACAACACUCUUCCUCCCCAUUCUUGCUUCUAUGGCCUCAACUAUAAAGCUCCAUCCCCUGUAUGUCAUGCUGCCCUGCACCAUCAGUGCCUCCAUGGCCUUCAUGCUCCCAGUGGCCACUCCACCCAACGCCAUUGCGUUCUCAUAUGGCACCCUCAAAGUCCUCGACAUGGCAAAGGCUGGCUUCGUGCUAAAUUUAAUUGGCAUCCUGUGCAUCAACUUGGCAAUUAACACAUGGGGAACACUCAUGUUCAAGCUCGACACCUUCCCCCUAUGGGCCAACACGACAAAUGGAGCACCAUAAAAGAACUUUGCAGAAGAGCAAAAGAAUGAUGAGAAGGCAGUUGGAGGAGAGCAAAAAGGGAGGAAAAUGCAUGCCCCCCCCCCCCACCCCCAAAAAAGAGGGUAAAUGCAUUAUGUAGCAGAACUCUCAGCAGCUGUUCAACUGGCCUGAGCAAUACUGAACAAAUAUUCACAAGCAUAACCUUCUAUCUAUAUUUGUAUUUAUUCAUUCUUUUUUUUUUUACACACCAUAGAUGAAUUGACUCUAUGAAGUGAUGAGAAAGAAGUUUGCGUUCAGUAUUUCAGUAUAACGUGCUGUAUUUAAGGCUUUUAUUUAGGGCCAUUUUCCACAGUGAAUAUGACAUCUGCUACUGUAUACAGGCGCAUCUCAAAAAAUUAGAAUAUCGUGGAAAAGUUCAUUUGUUUCCGUAACCCGAUUCAAAAAGUGGAACUUUCAUAUAUUCUAGAUUCAUUACACAUAAAGUGAAAUAUUUCAAGACUUUUUUUUGUUUGUUUGUCUUAAUCGCGAUGAUGACGGCUUACGGCUCAUGGAAAUAAAAAAUCCAGCAUCUCAAAAUAUUCGAAUAAAGAAUUUAUAAUGCAGAAAUGUCGACCUUGUGAACAGGAUGUUAAUUUAUGCACUCGAUACUCGUCGGGGAUUUAAUCCUUUUGUAUGAAUUACUGCAUCAGUGCGGCGAGGCAUGGAGGCGAUCAGCCUGUGGCACUGCUGAGGAGUUCUGGAAGUCCAGGUUGCUUUGAUAGCGCCCUUCAGCUCGUCUGUGUUGUCGGAUCUGGUGUCUCUCGUAGAUUCUCUAUGGGGUUCGGGUCAGGCGAGUCGGCUGGACGAUCGAGCACAGUAAUACCACGAUCACAAACCAGUUACUAGUAGUUUUGGCACUGUGGGCAGGUGCCGAGUCCUGCUGGAAAAGUGAUCUAAAAUCUCCUGGUAGACGCUGCAUCGACUCUCGACUUGAGAAAACACACUGGACCAACACCAGCAGAUGACAUGAAACCCCAGAUCAUCACUGACUGUGGAAACUUCACACUGGACGUCAAGCAGCUUGGAUUCUGUUCCUGUCCACUCUUCCUCCAGACUCUGGAACCUUGAUUUCCAAAUGAAACGCAACAUUUUACUUUCAUCUUCCACGUGAUUGUGCUUGUGUACUGAACGAGACAGAGAUUAGAGCCUCAGGAAACCUUUGCAGGUGUUUUGAGUUAAUUAUCUGAUUAGAGUCUUCUCAGGUCGACAUUUCUGCAUUAUAAAUUCUUUAUUCGAAUAUGUUGAGAUACCGGAUUUUUAAUCUCCAUGAGCCGUAAUCAUCGAGAUUAAAACAAAAAAAAGGCUCGAAAUAUUUCUCUUUAUGUGUAACGAUUCUAGAAUAUAUGAACGUUCCACUUUUUGAAUUUAAUUACGGAAAAAAAGAACUUUUAAACGAUAUUACAUUUUUUUUUUUUUGAGAUGCACCUGUGUGUACAAUUGAAUUUUUGUAUGUGUUUUUUUUUUUUUUUUUUUUUUUUUUAAACUUUUGGAAAUUUUUCAUGGAUGGUUCAGCACCUGUAAAUUCAUGUCUAACCAAGAAAUGUGUGAACAAAACUGCGUGUCUAUGUCUAUGUGGAUCAAACUGGAGAGAAGGGUAUUAGCUGUGAUACUUCACAGUGCUGUAAGGCAGAAAGCUCCUAGCUCAAAGGGUGCAAUGGAAAGCUUCGCAACUAUCAAGGGAGGCAUGGGAUGUCUUUCGCCAAAUUAAUAAUACUGCAGUGUGAGACAGAGGGGAAAUGUAGUGGGAAGUAGCACAAAAAAAAAUGUGAAACAAUAAAAAACUGUAAAAUAAAGUUCUACUCUUAUUUACAUUAAAACGAUGUAGAUUUUUUUGGUGGACAAGCAGCAAAAAUACAGCAAAUAUUGUCCAAUCAUCACCAAAUUUGGCACACACCAUCUUCAGAGUAAGCCUCACAAAAGUUAUCAAAAUAAUUUUGAAUACUCCAAACGGAUGGUCCGUAAUGGGCCAACGAAUUUGACAGCAAAGUUGCCAAACAGGAAGUGAAGCUGUACUGUAUCUUAGCCAUGACUUUGCAGUACUGACACAAAAUUUGGUAGGCAUUCAAGACCAUGACCUCUGGCUAUGCAACAAAUUUCUUGUCAGCACCACCUACUGGUCAAAAGACACAAUAACAUUCCUAAAAUGCUUCCAUAUAUAUAACUGCCAUUUUUGCUUCUCCACCUCCAAAUUUUGUCUAAUCUUCUGCAAAUACAGCUCACAUCAUCUUGAGACCUGUCUGAACAAAAAGAUAUCAAAGGAAUUUUGAUAUUCAAAGCCGUUCUCCUGUAACGUGCUGGCAAAUGCAUCUGAAAACUUGACGAGUAUCUUCAUGACCACAUCCUAAUUGUACCCAAGAAAUUUCGUGACUGUGCCACCUUGUGGUGAAGAACUGUAACAACGUUCAUUUUUUUCCUUAUAUAAUUUGAAUCCUUUGCGCUCAACUCCCAUGUGAAAUUCAUGUGCACUUCCUGUCGACCAUCUUGGAUUUGGUCCAAAAAUGUUUUUUCGCUACUCCUCCUCCAAAUAAUUUCCAAUCAACACCAAAUUUGGCAUACAUCAUCUUCUGAUCACAGGUUUCGAAAGAGUGUCGAUAUUCCAAACGGUCCGCCCGUAACGUGCCAACGACGCAUCUGUGAAUGUGCGGCAGAAUCGAAAGAUCUUUGCUUCUUUCUAGAAAUAAACACUUGAAAUAAGACCAUUUUAAGACCAUUUAAAACUUGAAAUGAGUAAAAGAUAUCUAGAAAUGAGCUUAAUAAUCGUAUAUUUGGUUUAAACAAUCUAACAAAGAGAAAUAUUUGUUGAAUUUGCCCGUAUUCAAGAUAUUUUGACAAUUUGGACAAUUGCAACGUGUAAAUGAAACAAAAUGGGGAAAAAAACACCUACAAACAUGUCAAAAAAUCAAACAUACAUUUAUUUCUUUUAUUCCAGACUUGCAUCUGAGCUGUCCAAAACUUUACACUUUUUUGUUUUGUUUUUGUUUGUUUUUUUCUCUCAAAAUGUACAGUAAUUCACAAUCAUAAAUAAAACUGUUACAAGUUUGAACUAGAAACAUUAUUGAAGAACUCGUUUUGUGCCCUUGAGGACAUCAAAUAAAAACCAGACACAAUUCCUUAAAUAAUCCUAAAUUCACUUUUCUUUUAUUUUCUGCUUCUUUUUUUUUUUUUACACUUGAAAUAAAUGAAUCAUAGAAGAGAUACAACACGUCCUCGGAUAAAACGCUAAUUCUACUUUCUCCUCUCUACGUGAAUAUCCAAAAGGAACAGAACUCACUGGAAUGUGUGACCGAAGGAAUGCUUGAUGGAGAAAGAGAUUUGAAGUAAGUAACUCUCUCUCUCUCUCUCUCUCUCUCUCUCGCUCUCUCUCUCUCUCUCU